AUGCAAUCAAUCCCCCAGCCUGCUGGAAGCGAUACAAGUGACAAUGAUGCACCUGCUAGUAAAGAAAUGCCUACGCCCUCUAAACCCCUCAUAAAAAAGUACGGCAUUGGAGCCAAACUGCUUGCGCAGAUGGGCUACGUGGAGGGAGAGGGUUUGGGCCUCAAUAAAUCAGGAAUCACUGUGCCAAUAGAAGCUUCCAAACGCCCUCAAAGUUUAGGGCUUGGUACGCCUGGAAUGAUGACUACCAGGGAUGACUAUAGUAGCUCUGACGAAGAUGAACCCGACCUUAGUAGUACUGCCGUACGCUUCGAGGUUGGCAAGGAUGUAACAGAUAUCAAAACAGAAGAAGAGACCUUGCAAGCAUUGAAAGACUUGGGUUUGAAUGCUUUGGCGGCCAAAGUCGGAGAUUCCUUGACUCGAGAAAACAUCCCUCACUUCCAAAAACAAGAAUCUAAAACACUUAUUGGGGACUUGAUAGAUGUUACGAAGCAACUCCAAGAAUCCAGUGCUACAUUAGCAUCAUUAAAGAACAGAAUUGAGGACUGUGUGGCUGAAGAGGUUCAAGUUUCUCGAAUCAAGUAUCUUGUUAACGAGCCAGCUCCUCUCAUAGAAAAGAUCACACUUGCAAUGGCUCUAGAAGAUCUAGAAUUGAGAGAUAAACUCAUUGCACAUUUUCUCUCAACGGAGCUUGAUUUUUCCAACGGUCCACCGAGUCUCGAUCCCGAGAGUGAAGUAUUGAAGUUGCUCAACACCAUUGUCGAUUUGGUCUCUUACGAGACGGAUUCUUCCAAUUCGCGACUUAGCAGAACACAGACUAUAAUAUAUCGCUAUGUUUUUUCAAGGCUGCGAUCGAUUUGGGAAGAGUUUGAGAUGUCGCAAGAUAAAGUUGAUUUAUUUUUAACCUUUUUGCUUUACUAUGAGCCGAUUCUGGAGUUUAUUAACUGUUCAGCUUUUAUCCUAAAGACAUACGUUUUACCAAAGUUGCACAAAGCCAUCAAAAAGUGGAGUGUCUGCGGCGAAUAUUCGAACUCGCCGAGAGAAUGGUAUUUUAAUUUCACUGCAUUUUUAGACCGAGGGGCUUGCGAUGCAUUGGAUGGCGAAAUCGAAGGAAAGUUUGUUCGGUAUCUUGAGAGCUGGUAUCAUCGCGAAACCCCAACAACCGAGGCCGAUCUUUUUUUUGUGAAACAAGUGUUGGGAAGAGCCAAGUUUGAAUUAAUUUGCCAUGAUAUAUUUCUGCCACGCUUUUUGGAUCAAGUUUGGGAGCGGUACUUCGACCCGUUUGUGGAGUUAGAGGACUCCUGUUCUGGGGAAGGCAUAGGGUACUACAAAGAAGUUUUGCGCCGCUGCCGCCCUUUGCUUACGGAAGAGGUUCGCGCCACCAUAACAGAGGCAGAAUUUCAGGAUAUUAAUCAAAUACUUUACCAAUGGUUCUGUUUUUCGCGGAAAAACUUCAUUCCUGAGGCGACGUUUUGGUUCAACAGCCUGAUAAACAGAUUCUAUGUGGAUCUGUCCAACUCUGAAAUCGCCAAUAUUAAAAGGACUCUUUCUUUUCUAGGACACCCUUCUCUUGAUCCGAUCCACGAUGAGUGCUUUUCGCUGAAAGAUGCGCUAGGUCUUGACAGCAAAAGCGCAAAUGAGUUUACAUUCAAGUCAAUUCCUAUGAGGAAAGUUACAGUCUCUUUCAAGGAGGUUGUUCAGGACUACUGCGACAGUCAUGGUUUACUUUUUCGCAAAACCAAUGGUGAAUUUGCGAGACUGCGUAUAGGUUUAGGCGACGAUAUUGUUGUCCCAGUUUUCAGCAUUCAGUCAGAAGCAUCAAGUUGUCAUGUGGCCAUCUAUAACGACGUGAUUUGGCUGAAAGAUUCUAAUUCUAACUAUACACCGAUAUUCAUAUGGCAACUGGAAGGUUUGCUCGCUUGA